AUGCCCGCAGCAUCCACAACAAGUCUCAGCCGCCUCCUCAUCGUAGGCCUAGGCAACCACAGCCUCCCCUUGACCCGCCACAAUGUCGGGAUGAUGGCGCUGGACUACAGCGUCAAGCAAUUGGGGGCGAGCGUGUGGAAGCUGGAGAAGGGUGUGGGUGGGUUUGUUGCUGAGAUGCCAGGGCAGAGGAGGGUGGUGUUCUACAAGGCGAAGGGGUACAUGAAUACGUGUGGGGGGAGUGUUGCGAGGGCUGCACGCGAGUAUGGCGUCGCACCGGAAGAUGUGGUUGUGCUGCAGGAUGAUUUGGAGAGGAAGGUUGGCGCGGUGUCGAUCAAGAAUGCCGGGAGUGCUGGCGGUCAUAACGGCACGAAAUCAAUCAUAGCCUCGCUCCGCACAGACAAAUUCCGCCGCAUCCGAAUCGGCAUCGGCCGCCCCGCCACCAAAUCACAGUCCGAGGUCGGCGACUAUGUUCUGACAAAGUUUGGCGAGAGCGAGAUGGAAGUGUUGCGCGAGGAGGCGUUUCCGGGGGUGUUGAAGGUGUUGGUGGGGAUGAUUGAUGGGGGUGGGGGUGGGAAGGACGUGGCCCCGUCGGCGUAGUGAGUGGGGGAGAUGGGAGAGAAGGGGGAAAUACAGGCGCAGAUGUAGAGGUUGGAUAGAGCCAUCUUUCUUGGACGUAACUUAUGGAAUUUUGGAUAGAGUAGACGUUUGUUGAAUGAUAGGCAGACUGAAGACCAUUCUGGCCGUGGUGCAUUCAGAAAGGUCCGUCCGGCGGCUGAUGAGCAACACAUCCGUCUAUGGCGCUAAUCGUAAUUGGCUACCAUUCGACAUCCCUCACCCGACCCUACUCCUAUUUAUUCCCUCCCCCUGUCUCUCUCCCGGUUGCAAUAUUCAUAGGGAAACGUUGAGCAAUAGGACGGUCGAAUCUCGGGACUUGCGUUGGAAAAGGCUGGACAGCAAACUAGUAUAGGCACUGAUACAUUCC